GUCGGCGCUCCUUCUGUUUCCGUGUCUGGGAGAAGAGCAGUGGUGUGAUUUGAGAAGGGGAACUUAUCUGUAAAAAUGCAGGACCCAAACGAAGACACAGAGUGGAAUGAUAUUCUGAGGAAGAAGGGUAUUCUUCCUCCCAAAGAGGUCCCAAAUGAGGAUGAAGAGGAGGAGCUGGCACUCCAACAGCAGUCUAUUGUUAAAACAUAUGAGGACAUGACAUUGGAAGAGCUGGAGGAGAAUGAGGAUGAGUUCGGUGAAGAUGAUGAAGCUGCUAUUGAGAUGUACAGACAGAAGCGUAUUGCAGAGUGGAAAGCGUCUCAAAUAAAGAAUGUGUUUGGUGAGGUGGUGGAAAUCUCAGGGCAGGACUACGUCAAGGAGGUCAACAAGGCUGGGGACGGCAUUUGGGUGGUGCUGCACCUUUACAAACAGGGCAUCCCCCUUUGUACCCUCAUCAACCAGCACCUGAGCAUGUUAGCCAGGAAGUUUCCUCAGACCAAGUUCCUCAAAUCCAUCUCCACCACCUGCAUCCCCAACUACCCAGACCGCAACCUGCCCACCAUCUUCGUCUACUUUGAGGGAGAGAUGAAGGCCCAGUUCAUUGGACCACUGGUCUUCGGAGGCAUGAACCUAAAAGUUGAAGAGCUGGAGUGGAGGUUAUCAGAGACCGGAGCUGUAAAGACAGAUCUGGAGGAAAACCCUAAGAAGCAAAUUGAGGACAAACUCAUGUCAUCAAUCAGAUGUUCAAUUCCCACACGGAAGGACAGUGACUCUGAGGACGAGGAUUAUUAAUGAAAAUUAAUCUGUCACUCCAAACCAGAAAUUCCUAGUGGAGAACAAACAGAGGAUCUUCAAAUAUCAUGUUUGACUCUGAUACGGGCCGAGUCCUGCUCGAGGACAUUUGGACAGGACACUCUGCUGGAGAGAAUCAGACCUUGUGGGAAAACCUCUGUGGGAAAACAGCCUAACAGUCUCUCUUUUGUAUCUCAAAAAAGGCCAACUCCAUCACCAAAAUCAAAGACAAAUUUUAUCUUUUUUUAUUAUGUUUCAUGAUGAUUAUGUCACAAAUGUACAUGUACAUUUAAAUCAGUUUGAUUAAAUGUGAGUUCACCUCUUUGCCACAA